CAGGGGUAUACGGGGGUAGUACAUGGCGUGCGGAGCGGCUCAGAAUGUGCGGGGCCGGUGCAGGGUGUGCGGGAUGUCACAGGGAUAACGGGGGUAAUCCAUGGCGUGCGGAGCGGGGCCGGUGCAGGGUGUGCGGGAUGUCACAGGGUAUACGGGGUAGUACAUGGCGUGUGGAGCGGCUCAGGCUGUGCGGGGGUGGCACAGGGCAGUGCGGGGACAGGGCACAGCCGUCGCUGGCGGAGGCUGGUGCCGGUGCGGGGGAGCGGGGCACUGCCGAGCCCUGUGUCAGCGCCGACUCCGUUCCGGAGCAGCGCCGGCACCCCGCGCACCGGGCUGGAACGGCCUUUACAGCCCGGCCCAUCCCGCCCCGCUGCUCUGGAACUGGCAGCGGUGACACCAGGCAGCUUACUCCUGUCACAGCUGCCGUCGCCUCCCGUGCGUGUCACAGCACCGACCUCUCUCCCUGACUGCAGCCCGUGUGUCCCUGGGCUGGAGACAGCUGAAAUUUGGCCAUCCUGCACCUUCAGAGUACAAACAUACCCAGUCCAGACUCAGAAUGAGCUGCAGCAACUGGAUAAAUCUACUGGGACCAUGAAGAAUUCAAAUGGUUAAUUUGGGUUAGAAGUCGCUCUGCAGGUGGAGUGCCUCCUGUCCCUCAAGUGGCUCAGCAGAUCAUCCAGGAGGAAAACCAACAGCAAAAUGGACCAAAUUUGUCAAAUCUGCUCAAUUCCUUACACAGCAGGAACCCAGCUCUGCCCCAGCAGGUACAACCAGCAGGAUGGGAUAAGAACCGUGUGCUUGUGUUCCCAGCUCCAGUUCUCUCACAGCAAAAGGAAAAUGAAAUUCUGCAGCGGACAGCAGCACUGAGGAAAGAAAGUUUUUGAUCUCUGAAACCUCUGCCCAAACUCCAUGAGGCCCCACAGCACAAAUCACACCAUGAUUUCUCUUUUGGAGGAAGUGCAGUGGAUGGCAACAGAUUUUUUUCAAGAAAGAAGAUAAAAGAUGAUAACAACCAAGAGAAUAAUGUUUUUUUCUUUUACUGUAAUUUAAGCACACAGACUGGUCUCUAUUUGAUGUGAUUGGAAUGGAAAACCAAAUCACUUGCUAUGAAGCACAAAUGCUGCCAAAACUGAAGGUAACUGGAAAGUUUAUGGAAGAGAUCUCCUGCUCCCCUUCAGCACCCAGACUUGAGCCAGUGAAGCUCCAACCAAACAGAGACCUAUGUGUGUUCCCAGCUGGAGCUGUUGCUCCUCCUUGUUUGUAUGGAGCAAAUCCUCCUUACAUAUGGACCCAUGGAAUGCAACCCCUGCAGUUCAGUCUGGAGGAGCAGAGGUGGUGCAGGAAUUGGUGAUGCAGGUAUUGGUGAUUCAGGUGUUGGUGAUUCAGGUGUUGAUGAUUCAGGUGUUGGUGAUUCAGGUGUUGGUGAUUCAGGUGUUGGUGAUUCAGGUGUUGGUGAUUCAGGUGUUGGUGAUUCAGGUGUUGGUGAUUCAGGUGUUGAACACCCACCACUGCUCACACCUGUGUGCAGGGGCUGUCUCUGACUAUGAGUGUCACCUGCAGAACCCUCAGCUUCUCACUCAUAACCAGGCAAGCUGGGAGCUCUGUCCUGCUUUGGCAGCUGAAAGCAGAAGGGACAGAAGGUGCUGGUUUUGACACAGAUCAUUGCAAUGCUCAACAUCCUGGAGCUUUCCCUGAAUUUCCAUUUCCCCAUGUGAGUGAGAGUGGUGCUCACAGCUGGCAUUAUCUGGUAAGAGGAUCUCUUCCUCAAGCUCAUAGUGAGUUGAUGCUCAUGGUGGGAGGGAGAGUGCUAAAGGGAAGUCUAAGACAUUUGCAAGAUUCAUUUACAUAAUUUCCUUAUUUAUUGAAGCAAAUUAUGUAUGUAGCUGUAGCUCAAAUAUGUAAUUAUACAUGAAGUAUGUCAUUUGAUGAGGCAUCUAGGGUGUUGCCAAGGAGUAUGCCACUAGUUAUCCUACCUUUAUGAGCAAUUUGUGCUUCAAAUGCAGAUGGUUUUUUGCACAAUAGCCAUUUGAUUAAUUUGCUUUUGCUUUCAUUAUCUGUAGCUAUUUACAUUGUUAGUACUUUAAGUGUAGUUGGUGUUUUUAUGUUUGCAGUUCCUCAGCCUUACUCCAGGGGCUUUUAUUUUGUAGAGUGCCCUGGCAUUGCCUGAGGAUAAAUUGAAAGUAUGCUCCUUUCCCUCCCCAGUAAGAUUCUCUGUAUCCUCUGGGGCCUACAAUUUGAGCAAACAUUACCAAUAUAUUGAAGUUUUUUCUUACUUUUUAUUCCAAACUGCAUCAUUAUGCUUUCUGUUAGAUGCAGUAUAAAACAUAAAAGAAUACUUUGCCUUAAAGCAACACAAGGGAGCACAACAGAAAGGAUUUGAUUUAGUCACAGACAAGAAAAAUGAUGGAGUAUGUGCAGGAAUAACAACUCAGUCAGGUGUGCUUAGUCAUAGGCCAUGAUGUGAUUACUUGUAAUAGAUCUUUAGGUUUUAUAUGGCUGACUGCACCAUAAAUUAAUAGUUUUAAUGAUAGAUUAAUUAUGAGCUGUGUAGAUCUGUAAUAUGGCAGUCAGAUAACUUGAAAUGUUUGCACACUUAAUGUAGGUUGGGGAAGUAAUAAGAAAGCAAUUUUUCCAAUCUUCUCAUUCUCUUAAAAAAAGUUUGUUUAGAGAUUUAUCCUAUAUUAAUGUCAAUUUGUAAUUAAAUUGCUUGUUUCCCCAUUUUAGGAAUUCAUAAAAAGCUUCAACCAAGACAAGUGAUCCUUCUGUGCUGUCCUGUCUUCCCACACUCCCUGCACAGGUGUCAGUCACACAGAUGUGAUUCCUCUUGUCUUCUGUGACGCUGAUGGACACAGAGAUGGUAUGGUGUGACAAAACAGCAAGAGGCAGAGAUACCCACACAUACAGGUUUGCAGGUAAUUCUAUUGAAGAGAGGCUGUUGCAAAAACUAUUAAACAUGAUUCAACAACUGGCUGCUCAGGGAGGGGAUUGUUCACUUUUUAUCCCAGGCUUGAUUGGGAACCAGUGAUGUGUGUUCACAGUUAAAUUGAGUAGAAAUCCAGAACUGUCAGCUCAUAUAGAAAAUCAGAAGACGACACUGUAAAACCUUAGAUCAGUGAGAAUGCACCAUGGCAAUGGCCCUCAGAAUGCCCAGCGCCAGCUGCAGAGAUCCAGGUCCUUCACGGGCAGCGAGGGAGAAGAGCAACAGGCGAAUCUACCCCAGUCCCCCGCUGCCUCCUUCGCUCCCUCCGCGAGCCCCUCGGCGCCGCAGUCGCCCAGUUACCAGAUCCAGCAGUUCAUCAUGAGCCGGAGCCCCGUGGCCGGGCAGAACGUGAACAUCACCCUGCAGAACGUGGGCCCGGUGGCCUCGGGCAACCAGCAGAUCACGCUCACCCCGCUGCCGCUGCCAAACCCCACGUCCCCCAGCUUUCAGUUCAGCCCCCAGCAGAGGCGCUUCGAGCAUGGCUCCCCCUCGUACAUCCAGGUCACCUCUCCGCUGCCCCAGCAGGUGCAGUCGCAGAGCCCCACCCAGCCCAACCCGGUGCCGGUGCAGGCGCUGCCCAACGUCCGCGCGGGCACCCCCGGGCCCGGCCUGGGCAUGUGCAGCCAGAGCCCCACCAGAGGCUUUGUUGAUGCCAGCGUGCUGGUGAGGCAGAUCAGCCUGAGCCCUUCCAACGGCGGCCACUUUGUGUACCAGGAAGGACCGGGGAUAGCACAGAUUGCUCAAGGAGCUGCUGCCCAAGUGCAGCUGCCAUCGUCCGGCCCGCCCGGCACCGUGAGGGAGCGCCGGCUCUCGCAGCCGCACUCGCAGUCCGGGGGCACCAUCCACCACCUCGGCCCUCAGAGCCCCGUGGCCAGCGGGGCAAACAUGCAAUCCUUGACCAGCCCAGGCCACAUCACGACAACCAGCUUGCCACCCCAAAUCAGCAAUAUUAUCCAGGGGCAGCUAAUGCAGCAGCAGCAGCAAGUGCUUCAAGGGCAGCAGCUGAGUAGACCCAUUGGAUUUGACAGGACUUCUGGUGGGUUGAUAGCAGGAGUUGGAGGACCGAGCGCGUUUGGAAUGACAUCACCUCCUCCUCCCACGAGUCCUUCACGGGCCACCGUGCCACAGGGGCUGUCGAGUCUUCCUCUCACUCCUACAGCUAGCACAGCAGUGAAAAAACAGCCCAAAAAGUUGGAGGAGAUUCCUCCUGCCAACCAAGAAACUGCUCAAAUGAGAAAGCUAUGUUUGGAUCAUCACCACAAGCAGAUGGAAAUUCUUAAGGAAACUUUUAAGGAGUGUUUGAUUGAACUGUUUUUCCUGCAACAUCUUCAAGGGAAUAUGAUGGACUUUUUAGCUUUUAAGAAGAAGCAUUGUGUUCCUCUGCAAGCAUACCUGAGGCAAAAUGACUUGGAUCUGGAGGAGGAAGAAGAGGAAGAACAAUCUGAAGUCAUCAAUGAUGAGCAAACGCAUACAGGGACUCCGGUGACGGGGACUGUGAGCACCAUAGAGAUUGAAGCUUUUAAGAGACAGCAGCAGGCCCUUGCACCAGCAGAUUCGUCUAAGAGACCACGAAUUGAAGUGGGCCGUCAUGGGAUGGUUUUUCAGCACCCGGGUGUGGCUUCAGGAGUUCCUCUUCAACAGCUAAUGCCAACGGCACAAGGAGGGAUGCCUCCCACGCCGCAGACGGUGCAGCUGACGGGGCAGAAGCAGAGCCAGCAGCAGUACGACCCCUCCAAGGGCCCCCCGGUGCAGAACGCGGCCAGCCUGCACACGCCGCCGCCGCAGCUGCCCGCGCGCCUGCAGCCCGCCAGCGUCCCCGUGGCGUCACUGCCCGCCGCCCUGCAGCUCCCGCAGCAGCAGCAGCAGCAGCCCCAGCUGGUGGAGCCUCCAGCCCAGCCCCAGAUCCAGGUGAAGAUCCAGCCCCAGAGCGUGCCCCUGACGGCCGCCCCGCUUCCAGCGCCGCUGCAGCAGCAGGUGCCACCGGCCAUCCACGUGCAGGGACAGGCGCCUGGCCAAGUGUCACAGCCACAAGCUGCCAUACAGCAGCAGACUGUGACUCUGACACGGCCAUCUGCAGAUCCUGCUCAGAGUUCUCAGCGUCUUGCAGCAAAUCCACUGCCACCUACCUCAUCCAUCGCCCCAGCAGCGAUCCCAGGCACAGCACCACCUUCUCCAUACCCAGUGCAAACAAACAGGACCUCUCCAGCCACCACCAAGUCCCUGUCUCCUAUUGCAUCCAAGCCUCCUGGCUUAGCAGUAGCAGCAGCAGCACCUAAAACACAAAGUCCAGCUCAGAAUGCAGCGGUGUUGCCACAGGAAAACUCUCAAGACAAGCUGGCUGAGCAAGUCAAGCUGGAAAAUCAAAUCCACCAGCGGAUAGCAGAACUGAGAAAGGAAGGUUUAUGGUCCCCCAGGCGACUGCCUAAACUCCAAGAGGCUCCAAGACCAAAAUCCCACUGGGAUUAUUUGCUGGAAGAAAUGCAGUGGAUGGCAACUGAUUUUGCCCAGGAGAGAAAGUGGAAGAUGGCAACUGCUAAGAAGAUGGUAAGAACUGUGGCUCGUUACCAUGAAGAAAAGAAACUUAACGAAGAGCGAGCUAAAAGGGAGGAACAGAACAAACUGAGGAGGAUUGCAGCAUCCAUUGCUAGAGAAAUAGAGUAUUUCUGGUCUAACAUUGAGCAGGUUGUUGAAAUUAAACUGCAAAUUGAAUUUCAAGAGAAAAGGAAAAAAGCUUUGAAUUUAAAGAGAUUUUCAAGGAAAGGUAAGGAUGCAAAGGAAGACCUUUAUUUGGAAAAAGAAAGUGAAAUGGGGGGUUCAUCAUCUGGAAGGAAAAGAAAGGCAAGCACAUCUUUGACUGAUGAGGAGGUUGAAGAUGAAGAAGAAACAAUUGAAGAGCAAGAAGCUAAAGAGGGAAACAUAAACCAUCAAACUGAGUUGUCUAAUCUAGCCAAAGAAGCUGAAUUGCCUCUGGAAGAUUUGGUAAAGAUGUAUGAAGGUGCCUUUGCAGAAAAUUUUCACUGGCCCCAGCCAAAGCCUGACAGUGAAGAGGAGAGCAGUGAGGAAGAAAUGGAAGACCACAUGUCUGAUAGGGAAAGUCCCCAGAAAGAAAUUGUCCUCAUAGACUCCCUUCUCACCAUUGAUCAGUACAAGGUCAUGGACAGGUCAAGUCCUCCCAAGAAGAACAUGAGAGACAUAGCAGAAGUGGCUGCUGCAGCAGAGAUGUUGUUACCUAAAGGCAGCUCCAGGAUAACAACAGCAGUAAAAUACAACACUCCAUCACUGCUGUAUGGGUCUCUCAGAGAAUAUCAGAAGAUUGGGCUGGAUUGGCUGGCAAAGCUGUACAGGAAGAAUCUCAAUGGCAUCCUGGCAGAUGAGGCAGGGCUUGGAAAAACAGUGCAAAUUAUUGCCUUUUUUGCCCAUUUGGCUUGUAAUGAAGGGAACUGGGGUCCUCACCUUGUUGUUGUCCGGAGCUGUAACAUACUGAAGUGGGAGCUGGAAUUGAAACGCUGGUGCCCAGGCUUGAAAAUACUUCUCUACUUUGGGAGCCAAAGAGAACUUAGGGCAAAAAGACAGGAAUGGACAGAACCCAACAGCUUCAAUGUGUGCAUCACUUCCUACAAGCAGCUGUUCAAAGGCCACACAGCAUUCAUGAAAAUGAGAUGGAAAUAUUUAAUAGUAGAUGAGAUGCAGCAAAUCAAGAAUAUGACUGAGAAACACUGGGAGGCACUUUUCAAUCUCCGCAGCCAGCAUCGUUUACUUCUGAUAGACACUCCUUUGCAUAACACACUGAUGGAGCUGUGGACCAUGGUGCAUUUUUUGAUUCCGGGAAUUUCCAGACCUUACCUGGAUUUUCCAGUAAAAGCACCUAAUGAGGAAAACCAGGAUUACUGCCAUAAACUGGUCAUCAGGUUGCACAGAAUGAUUCAGCCAUUUAUUUUGAGGAGAUCAAAGAGGGAUGUUGAGAAGCAGCUCACAAAGAAGUACGAGCACGUGCUCAAGUGCCGUCUGUCCAGUCGACAAAAAGCCAUGUAUGAGGAUGUCAUACUGCAACCAGGAACCCAGGAAGCCCUCAAAAGUGGGCACUUCAUCAGUGUCCUGCAUGUCCUGAUGCAGCUGCAGAGGAUCUGUAACCACCCUGAUCUGAUAAACCCCCGGCUCUCCAGCUCCUCUUAUGUAUCAGAAACCCUGGAGUACAGAACAGCCUCUCUGGUGCUGCGAGCCCUGGAAAGGGAUAUUUGGAAGGAAUCGGACCUGUCACUUUUUGAUCUCAUUGGAAUGGAAGACAAAAUGACUCAUUAUGAAGCACAAAUGUUGCCAAAACAGAAGGUUACUAGAAAGUUGAUUGAAGAAAUCUACAGCUCCCCUCCACCACCAGCGAGGCCCAACCCAGUGAAGCUCAAACCAAGCAGGUUGUUCCAGCCCGUGCAGUAUGGUCAGAAGCCCGAGGGCAGGACAGUGGUUUUCCCAAGCACUCAAGUGCAGCGCACGGUGACCACGGCAACAGUGACUCAGCAGGGACAGGUUCGAGGCAGAUCCCCCAUAGCCACGGUGUCUUCAAAUCAAGCUGCAGCAGCACAGUUUCAGACAACUCAGGCUUCCACCAGUGCUCCAAGACACCAGCCCGCAGCGACCUUCACCACAGCAACUAGCGCAGCCAACCCUGUGAAACCGCGGGGCCAGAGCGCGGCGCCGGCCCCGCAGCCGGGCCAGCCGCAGGCACAGCCACAGCCACAGCCCCCCCCGCACACCAUCCAACAGAGUGUGCUGCCUCAGAGGCUCGUACUGACCUCUCAGGCCCAGGCACGGUUGCCUAGUGGUGAGGUAGUAAAAAUAGCCCAGCUGGCUUCUAUAGCAGGAGCACAAGGCAGGAUUGCUCAGCCAGAGACCCCAGUGACUCUGCAGUUCCAAGGGAACAAGUUCACCUUGUCACACAGCCAACUCCGCCAGCUCACUGCAGGGCAGCCCCUGCAGCUACAAGGAAGUGUCCUUCAGAUUGUGUCAGCCCCUGGGCAGCAGUACCUGAGGCCUCAGGGCCCUGUGGUCAUGCAGACAGUUUCCCAAGCAGGAACUGUGCAGAAUGCCCUGAAUGCUUUAGGAAACCAGCACCAGGCAGGUGGCCCAGCUUCCACUGCAGUCACACAGCAAGUUUGUAUUCCAGGUAGAGCUGCAGUUACUAACUUGCCAUCUGGUGACAUGGGAGCAGUGUUAAAACCAGCACCUUUGCAUGGACAGUCACAGACGUUUGAGGAGAAGAACCGGCUCUUGAAGGAGCGCCUGGACCGGAUCUUCUCGGGCAACGAGCGCCGCUGCUCGCGGGCGCCGGUGUACGGCCGGGACGUGCUGAGGGCUUGCUCCCUGGCUGGGGACACCAAGGCCUCCCAGCUGCCUUCCAGUCAGGCCAACAGCUGGAGGUGGGCUGGCUUUGUCAACUGCUGCCUUUCCUCAAGUGCCUGCGGAGGCCCAAGUAACCCCUUGAGGGAAAUGAUCCUGGGGUUGGUUCAGCAACAGGAAUCUCUAAGGGAUCUUGUUGACAGGGCUCUCUUCGUGUUGCCAGCUGCAGUUGCUGCUCCCCCAUGUUUCUAUGUAGCAAAUCCUCCCCCUUCAUACAGUCACAGACUGAAACUCCUUAAGCACAGCCUGAGGCAGAAGGCAGCUCCACACUUGCAUCAGUUGCAGCAGCUGACGACUCCUCACUUGCUGCAGUUCCCUGACCUCCGGCUGGUGCAGUACGACUCAGGAAAAUUAGAAGCUCUUGCUGUGUUGCUUCAGAAGUUGAAAUCUGAAGGGCGUCGUGUGCUGAUUUUGUCACAGAUGAUUCUGAUGCUGGACAUACUGGAGUUGUUCCUGAAUUUCCAUUUCCUCACCUUUGUGAGGAUUGAUGAAUAUGCCAACCAGGAACAACGUCAGGAGCUGAUGAAGAUUUUCAACAGAGACAAGCGCAUUUUCUGUGCCAUCCUCUCCUCUCACAGCCGUUCCACAGGAGUCAAUCUUGUCGAGGCAGACACUGUUGUGUUCUAUGACAAUGAUCUGAACCCAGUGAUGGAUGCAAAAGCUCAGGAGUGGUGUGACAGAAUUGGGAGAUGUAAAGAUAUCCAUAUAUACAGGCUUGUCAGUGGUAAUUCUGUGGAAGAGAAACUUUUGAAAAAUGGCACAAAAGACUUGAUCAGAGAAGUGGCUGCUCAGGGAAAUGACUAUUCAAUGGCCUUUUUAACACAGCAAACAAUUCAGGAAUUGUUUGAGGUUCAUUCUCCUAUGGAGGAUUCUGGAUUUAGAGUGAAAGCAGAAGAAUUUGUAGUACUUUCUCAAGAGCCGUCUCCAGCAGAAAAUAUUUCACCUAAAGUUGCAAGACCAUUCAUAGAGGCCCUCAACAGCAUUGAACGGGAGGAUGAGGAGUCAAAUGAUCACAUACAAGAAACAGGAUCUGAGUCAAGCAUUGAACCUUUAAUCUCAGAGCUCUGUGAGACAAAAUACAAUGAAGAGCCCUCACAGCUGCAGGAGUUAGUUGCUGUUGUGGAUCAGCUGACUCCAAUUGAGAAGUAUGCUUUGAAUUAUCUGGAGCUCUUCCACGGUUCAGUUGAUGACAAUGAGCCACGGUUGAGUGAGAUGGAACUGAAAACUGCAAAGAGAGCCUGGGAAGUCCAGCAUAUGAAGGAGUUAAAGGAAAGAGAGCAAAAAAUGCUUUGGGAGGAUGAAGAGGAGCUUCUCACCUACACUCGGGAGGAUGCAUACAACAAAGAAUAUGUCUAUGAAGGUCCAGAUGGACAAACUGAAAUUAUGCCACUCUGGACUCCUCCUACUCCACCUCAGGAUGACAAUGAUAUCUACAUAGAUUCUGUUAUGUGCCUGAUGUAUGAUACCACCCCUAUUCCAGAGUCAAAAUUGCCUCCAGUUUAUGUCAGGAAGGAGCGUAAACGACACAAAACAGAUCCCUCUGCAGGUAGAAAGAAGAAGCAGCGUCAUGGGGAGACAGUUAUCCCACCUCGUUCACUCUUUGAUCGAGCGACUCCAGGAAUGUUGAAAAUGCGCCGGGAGGGCAAAGAGCAAAAGAAGAACAUCUUGUUGAAACAACAGACACAGUUUGCAAAGCCUUUGCCAACUCUUGUCAAACCAGCUACUGAGGCUGGACAGGAUAAUCCAGAGUGGUUGAUCAGUGAAGACUGGGCCCUUCUGCAGGCAGUGAAGCAGCUGCUGGAGCUUCCUUUAAACCUUGCUGUUGUGUCACCAGCACACACUCCCAACUGGGACCUGGUCAGUGAUGUUGUUAACUCCUGCAGCAGAGUCUAUCGCUCGCCCAAGCAGUGCCGCAACCGCUACGAGAAUGUCAUAAUCCCGAGGGAGGAAGGAAAGCUAAUGUACGAAGCUAAUCCUAAAAAGAAGACAAAAAGUAUUUAUAAGACUAAAAACAGUCGCCCACUUCGUACCAAUCAGAUCUAUGCUCAAGAUGAGGGUGCAACCCACACACAGCUUUAUACUAAUCAUUUUGAGAUGAUGAAAAUGAUUGCAGGGAAAAGAAGUCCACCUAUCAAACCUCUACUUGGCAUGAAUCCUUUCCAGAAGAAUCCAAAGCAUGCAUCAGUGCUUGCUGAAAGUGGAAUCAACUAUGAUAAGCCCCUCCCUCCGAUUCAAGUCGCGUCCCUCCGAGCAGAGCGCAUUGCCAAAGAGAAAAAGGCGCUGGCGGAGCAGCAGAGGGCCCAGCAGCAGACGGGCCCCCAGCCCCAGCAGCCCCAGGCGGGCCAGCAGCCCCCCCAGCAGCCCCCCGUGCAGCAGGCCCAGCCACAGGCACAGGCACAGGCACAAGCACAGGUAGUUCAGCAGCCACAGGCAGUGGUGCAGACUGCAGUCACUACUGUGGCCAACACAGCAGUAUUGGCAGGCACCAUCAAAACAGCAGUGACGGGGACGAGCAUCCAGACUGCUACAGUGAGUGGAAAUGUGAUUGUGAACACUGUUGCUGGGGUCCCUGCUGCCACCUUCCAGCCCAUCAAUAAACGUCUGGCCUCACCUGUUAUACCUGGGACCCUGACUACCUCGGGAGGCACGGCCACUGCCCAGGUGGUUCACAGCCAGCCCCGCGCGGCCGCGGCGCCCGCAGCCUCCACCGAGCUGGUGACCAUCGCCUCCACGCAGGGCGUGCGCGCCGUCACGUCGGUGACAGCCUCAGCCGUGGUCACCACCAACCUCACCCCUGUGCAGACCCAGACAAGGUCCUUGGUGACCCAGGUGACACCAGCUACACCAACAGUCCAGCUAUCAGGCAAAACCAUCACCCCUGCUCACUUCCAGCUGCUGAGGCAGCAGCAGCAGCAGGCUGCUCAGGUGCAGGUCCCACAGAUCCAGGCUCAGGCACAAGCCCAGUCUCCAGCUCAAAUAAAAACUGUAGGGAAGCUGUCACAGGAGCAGCUGCUCAAGUUGCAGAAGCAGAAGCUGCAGCUCCCCCAGCAGCAGGCAGCCCAGCAGACCCAGCAAGGGGCACAGCAGCAAACAGCACAAGUGCAAGUGCAGCAGCAGCAGCAAACCCAGCAGCUCACUGCUGUGACAGCCCCUCGUCCUGGCGCUGUCCUCACGGGCACCACGGUCACCAACCUGCAAGUGGCACGCCUGACUCGUGUUCCUGCUUCCCAGCUCCAAGCACAAGGACAGAUCCAGGCCCAGACUCCACAAGCAGCCCAGGUUGCUCUGGCAAAGCCUCCAGUGGUGUCUGUUCCAGCUGCUGUUGUGUCAUCUGCAGGAGUCACCACACUCCCUGUGACUGUGGCAGGCAUUAGUGUUGCCAUUGGGCAGCCACAGAAAGCAGCAGGAGGCCAGACAGUAGUUGCACAGCCACUGCAUGUCCAGCAGCUGCUGAAACUCAAGCACCACCAAGCAGCACAGCAGCAGAAAGCCAUCCAGCCCCAGGUUGCACAGGGACAAGCUACUGUGCAGCAAAAGAUAAAUGCUCAGCAGGUCACGGUCCAGACCCAACAGCAGACUUCACAGCAGCAAAAAGUAACUUAUGCUACACAGCCUGCCAUUAAAACCCAGUUCUUAACAACUCCAAUUUCCCAAAGCCAGAAACCAGGUGGAACCCAGCAAGUGCAGGCCCAGAUUCAGGUACAGGUUGCAAAACUCCCACAAGUGGUCCAGCAACAGGCUACUGUUGCCAACAUUCAGCAGAUGGUUUCAGUUUCCCAACAGGUACAAGCUCAGCCCCAAACCGUGACCCUUUCUCAGACGACAGCAGGACAGCAGCAGGUUCAGGUGAUCCCUGCCACCACUGCCACUGCUCAGGUGGUGCAGCAGAAGCUGAUCCAGCAGCAGGUUGUGACCACAGCCUCUCCCCAGGUUCAGGCUCCAGGUGUACAGAACCCAGCCCAGACACCAGCAACACCUGAAGCCCAGAGUCAGCAAGCAAAAGUACAGAUGAGGACACCGACUGUCAGAUUAAAGGCACCUACUAAACCAAGCUGAACUAUUGCAAUAACAGAGAAACACAGGAUUUUGUGUUUGCUGAGACAAGUGAGAAGCUACUCCAAACAUCCAAAUGAAGAUAAAACACCUCUAUUUUUUUUUUUUUUUGUAGCAGAAGGUUUCUUGCUGGUGAACAUUUAAACAUGAAAACUCACGUGUAACUUCAGUGUAUUAGCAACUGUUUAGCACUCAAACUCUGUACAAGAUGCAUUCUGCCUCUGUGUUCUCUGUGCUCAUUUAAACCACAUAAAGCAAGCAUUACUUAGGUUGAAAUUCUGCCCAGCUUCUCAAAAGUGAAAUGGUGAUCUGCCAUGAAUGUCAGUAAAAUCCAUCUGUGUUAAAAUACCACACCUGCCUGUGGGCAUGUGCAGCUCCUUGCUGUAGUUCAGUGUGUGCUCAGUACCCACAGUGAAGCCACACAAAAACCAGGUGUACCUGAUACUGCACAGUAUUACUCAUCUGUACAAAAGCUCUGUGGUGUUCUUCCCUGUGGUAAACACCCCUGGAAGAUCUAACACAGGCUUGAAGUGCUCCCUGCAAAGUUUAGCCAAUAAAUGUGAAAACCUGUAAGUAUAUGUAAUUAAAAAGGAAAAAAAAAAGGUUUCAUUCUCCAUUUUUGUAAGUCUUUUAAAAUGUUUGUUAGUAGUUUUUGUGUACAGUUUACUGAAUCACCCAACCUGUGUGCUCAUUCUCGUAUUUCACUUUAAAAUAAUGGAUAUUUUAGGCAUGAGCUGCGUAAAUACUGUGUUGAUAGUAAAUGUGUAUUAAAGUGUAGCCCAUUUUCUUUUUUUGUAAAAGAAUUGUUCAGUAGAUGCAGCUAAACAGAUGAUCCAUAGCUGUUUCUCAUGGGACUUCUGUCACAAAAAAUCUCCAGCUGAUAAAAUCGAAUCUCUCAGUUUCAUUCUGCUCUUGCAACAUGUUUAAAUGUUCAGUACUUUUUACACGGCUUUCAGCUUAGGGGGUGGGGAGGGCUGGGGGAAGGGGAGAAUAGUGAAAUUAAAUCUAAGACUUAAUUCUUCAACUGUGUAAAGAGUAAGAUCUAACUUUUGUACUAUUCUUUUACUAAAGCUAACAAUGAAUGUAUCUUCAGGUGGGUAUUUUGGAUGUGACUAGAGCGUGGCCUCUUCCUCCGAAUCAGUUUGCCUUAUUGUUAUGGAGAAAAAAAAAAAAGCAAAAAGCUGCAUAGAACUGUGGGGGGUUUCUUUACUUUUCUUGCAUACAAUGAAUAACAGAAUUUGCAAACAGCACUGAGUGAGGAAUCAAAAAGCCCAUGGUGGCUUGAAGGGAUUUAUUUUACUUUGGCCAUAAAACUGCGCAAUGUGUAAAAUCCAGACAAAAUUACAACAUUCCUUUUCUGAGAUGGUUUUAAAAUUAUUUUUUCAUUCUGUGAUCUUUUUACUCUUUUAGGAAAGGAGCCUAUUUAAUGGCAAGGAAAGCAUAUAUUUUGUUUUUACCUCUGUAUGUCCACACUUGUUGGUACCUGGCAAUCCACGUGGCUUAAACAAGAAAGAAUUCUCAGCCAGCUCCUCUGUGUUAGUUGGGAUAGGUACAGUCAAUUCUGUUCAGAUCACAAAGUUAACAUUGGUUCAGGCAGCGUUCCUGAUUUUUUUAAUUUAUACCUCUUUUGUCCUGCAUACUUUUUUUCUUGGACCCUCAGGUGUACAAAUACAAGGGCAUUUAGGGUUUUUUUAAAGCUGUUUUUGCAUGCAGUAGUAUUCCCCUGACCCUGCUAACCCCUGGCGUGUGCCAUCCCCUAAACUUCCCUGCCAGCCAGGGAGCUGGCACUGCUGACAGCAGAGUAGGUUAAAUUGCAAAGCAGAUGCAGUCGUGAUGGAUAGUGACACUGUGUACAGUAUAGCCUUGCUCAUCCAGAAAUAUUGCUUAGGUAGCCCCAGUUUUACUUUUAAGUGUUUAGCUUUUAUGAUGUGCAUGAAGGUCGGGGUGGGGGGGAACAGUUCCAGCAGUGGGAGAGCUGUUGGCUACGUCGUUGUGCUGGUCUGAUUUGGUGUCUAAAGAGGCGAUUGUUUCUUGUUUAGGUCAGUUGAUGAAGAUAAAAAGUCACCAUUACUUUUUUUUCCUUCUAAUUAUUUUUUUCUUCCUUUCGGUGUGUCUUUCUCCCAGGAGUGUGUUAGGAAGUCAGCCUGUACAUAAGUGAUGAACAUUUGUACUCGCCCCAGUAGGAUGAUAAGGAAUAGUGCUGUAUCCUACCUGAAGGUGUAAUAAAGUGUACAUUUUUAUACCGCC